AUGCACGGCAUGAAUAUGUUCAAGCUGGGCUGCAGAUAUGGGCUUCCUGGGAUAUUUUCUUGCCUGAAGGGAGCUUCAACAGUACAUUUUCAGGAUCCCAGUGCUGGAAUAAUAAGAUGCAGAACAAUCCCCAAUGUACUCGCAAAUCUCGAGCAAACUCGAGACAACCAGAGCCACCAACAAGGAAGCCCUCUUGCUCCAUCAUGGCAACAGUUGUCUCAAGACAUCCAUUUCUAUGCUGGGGAGUGGGAUGAGCUUCACACGGUCCUGUCAGUGAUACAGGAGGACGAGGUGGAUGCAUCGUCCGGCAUAGGGCUAGGGUUCUGUGAAGACGAUUUUUUGGAUGGUUGCAGCAGCCAGGAUGGGAACAAUAUCUGCCACGAAACCUUGUCAAGGCGAUCAACAAAACUGUCAGGCAGCCAUGCAUGGGAGAGGGGAAACGAGGCCUGUGCAGGAGAUGAGGGUUGA